UCAGUGAUGGAGGGAGAUUCUGUCACUCUACACACUGAUACUGACAUACAGGGAAAUGAUGCUGUGAUAGAGUGGAUGUUUGGAGCUGAAAACCCAGAUAUUGUCAUUGCUGAAAUCAACAGAGCGGCAAAUAUCAAUAAUGUUAAUAAUGAGAGAUUCAGAGACAGAGUGAAGAUGGACAGCAAGACUGGAUCUCUCACCAUCACAAACAUCAGAACAACAGACUCUGGGAUUUAUAAAGUAGAGAUCUUCAGCACGUAUUCAUUAGACAGAACAUUCAGUGUUACUGUCUGUGCUCUGCUUCCCGUUCCUGUCAUUAUCAGAAACACUUCACAAUGUUCUUCAUCAUCUGGAAGUUCAUCCGUCUCUAAAUGUUCACUGCUGUGUUCAGUGGUGAAUGUGAGUGAUGUGACUCUCUCCUGGUACAAAGGAAACAGUUUAAUCUCCAACAUCAGUGUGUUUAAUCUCAGCAUCAGUCUCUCUUUACCUCUGGAGGUUGAAUAUCAGGAUAAAAACACCUACAGCUGUGUGAUCAACAACAACAUCAGCAACCAGACACAACAUCUGAACAUCAGUCAAUUCUGUCAGCAAUGUGCAGGUACAUCAGUAAUGAUUUUAGUUUAA